AUGAGUGCCUAUCGUAAGAUAUUGGAAGCUUCAAUUGAAACCAUCAGAUGGCUAUUGUUCCAAGGGUUGCCUUUUCGUGGUCAUGAUGAAAAGGAAAGUUCAUUGUCUAGAGGUAACUUUCUUUCAUUAUUAAAUCUUCUUUCAAACCAUGAUCUUGAGUAUUCCAAAGUUGUUUUUAAAAUGGCCCCCGGUAAUUGUCAACUUACUUCUCCAAGUAUCCAAAAAGAUAUAAUCAAUGCUUUUGCAAACGAAACAACUAAAGCAAUAUUGGAAGAACUUGAUGGUGGAUUUUUUGCUAUUCUUGCUGAUGAAUCUGCCGAUGUUUCCGAUAAGGAACAAAUGGCACUUUGCUUGAGAUUUGUUAAUAAAAAGGGGGAAGUGUGUGAGCGUUUUCUUGGUAUUGUGCAUGUUCCUAAUACUAGUUCUUUGACUCUAAAAGCUGCUAUUGAGUCAUUACUCAUGGAACACUCUUUAACUUUCUCUCAAGUUCGAGGUCAGGGUUAUAAUGGGGCAAGUAAUAUGCAAGGUUCAAUCAAUGGUCUUAAAACUCUAAUUUUGAAUGAAUGUUCUCAAGCAUACUUUGUUCAUUGCUUUGCUCACCAACUUCAAUUGACACAAGUUGCUCUUGCUAAGAAAAACUCAGAUUGUGGUUGGCUUUUUAUUGAUGUACUUGCACCUCUCUUGAACUUUGUGGGAGGUUCACCUAAGAGGAGACAAUUUCUUCGAGAAAAACAACGUCAAGGGGUUGUAGAAGCAUUGUCCUUGGGUGAAAUUGAAUUGGGAACUGGUUUAAAUCAAGAACGUGGCUUAUGUAGACCUUGUGAUACUCGUUGGGGAUCUCAUUUUAAAACCAUUUUGAAUGUGCUUGAUUUAUAUCCUUCAAUACUUUUGUCACUUGAUUCCAUUGCAGAAGUAUCUGAUACACUUGAUUCGAAUAAAGCACAAUCUAUUACACACUUGUUGAUGUCAUUUGAUUUUGUGUUUGUAGCACACUUGAUGGUUGAUAUAUUUGGAAUUACAAAUGCGUUGAAUGUGGCAUUGCAAAAACAUGAUCAAGAUAUUGUCAAUGCAAUGGUCAUGGUUGAUGUAACCAAGACUAAUUUGCAAAACUUAAGAGAUGAAGGAUGGGAUUCACAUAUGGAAAAAGUCACUUCUUUUAUGGCUAAAUAUGACAUUGAGGUUCCAAACAUGGAGGGGCAGUAUAUUGUUCCUGGGAGAAGAAUGUAUAGAGGUAAAGGUCCACAAGUGACUAAUCUUCAUCAUUUUAGAGUUGAAGUCUUCCUAAAUGUCAUUGAUCUUCAAUUACAAGAACUUGAAAAUCGAUUUCCCGAGGUAAGUAAGGAAUUACUUGUGUGUAUGUCUUGCUUUAAUCUUGCAAAUCGGUUUCAUUCUUUUGACAAAAGAAAGUUAGUUCAACUUGCCAAAUUUUAUCCCGAUGAAUUUUCAAGCUCUGAGUUAUUAUUUUUUGAACAUUCACUUGAAAAUUUCAUUGUUGAUGUUCGAAAUGAUGAGAGAUUUUGGAAUUUGAAAAGUCUAAGUGAACUUUCUACGAAACUUGUUGAGACGGGAAAGUUUGAAACUCAUGAUCGAGUCUACUUACUUUUGAAGUUAGUGUUGAUUCUUCCCGUUGCAACGACAAGUGUAGAAAGAGUAUUUUCUGGAAUGACGCAAGUAAAAGAUAAAUUGCGUAAUAGCAUGGGAGAUCAAAUGUUGAAUGAUUGUUUGAUUACUUAUCUAGAAAGAGAUUUGUUUUACAAUGUUAGCAUGGAUGAUAUUGGUUGA